GUAGACCGCUCCAGCCCAAGUCAAACACUGGUUACACCACCCCAUUCCCGAAAAUGGAUCGCUCCUUCAGACACUGAGUCACGUGGCCUGCUAUAUAAAGCAGGCAGACAAGCAGGCAAGCAACCAGCUAUACUGUUCGAUUGAACGUUACAAUGGGUAAAACGAGUGACUUAAGGGACUUUGAGCGUGGUAUGAUCGUAGGUGCCAGGCGCGCGGGAUCAAGUGUCUCAGAAACGGCCGCCCUCCUGGGCUUUUCACGCACGACAGUUUCUAGGGUUUACCGAGAAUGGUGUGACAAACAAAAAACAUCCAGUCAGCGGCAGUCGUGUGGGCGAAAACAACUAGUUGAUGAGAGAGGUAGAAUGAGAAUGGAAAGAAUCGUGAAAGCUAACAGGCGGGCCACAAACAGACAAAUAACAGCGCAGUACAACAGUGGUGCGCAGAACGGCAUCUCGGAACGCACAACUCGUCGAUCCUUGUCACGGAUGGGCUACAGCAGCAGACGACCACGUCGUGCAAAUGAGGAGUGGAAAAACAUCGCCUGUGUAGAUACGGUACGGGAACUUGUCCUUGACAACUGUAGCUCAAAUGAAGGAAAAAUCGAAGGCCUCACAGCGGAAUUUGUCAGUCUGGAAUUCCUCAGUUUGAUAAACGUUGGUUUAAUCUCUGCCUCCAAUCUUCCCAAACUUGAGAAACUCAAGAAGUUGGAACUCAGUGACAACAGAAUCUCUGGUGGCCUUGACGUGUUAGCAGAGAAACUCCCCAACCUCACACAUCUAAAUCUAAGCGGAAACAAACUGAAAGACAUCAGCACGUUGGAACCUUUGAAAAAGCUGGAUAGCCUGAAGUCUCUAGACUUGUUCAACUGUGAGGUGACCAACCUGAACGACUACAGGGAGAGUGUGUUCAAGCUGCUCCCUCAGCUCACCUACCUGGACGGGUACGACGUGGAGGACCGGGAGGCAUCCGACUCGGACGGAGAGGUGGCCGGUGACGAGGAAGGGAAUGAGGAUGGAAAGGAGGAACACUUUGACAAGGACUGUGAUGAAGAGGGAGUAGUAGUAGGAGAGGAGGAGGAGGAGGAAGACCGCGGCAUUGAUGAUGAGGACAACGAUGAAGAUGAAGUCGAGGCUGUCCAAGGAGAGAAGAGAAAACGAGAGCCUGACGACGAUUACGAGCAAAAAAUGAAAGCAUAGCGUUACCAACUCCUUCCCUCUCCAAUAGCAGUUACAUAGGAUGAGCCGUGACUGAGUAACAGUCUGAUGGUCUGGAGAUGGAAGUUGUUUUUCAGUCUCUCGUUCCCAGCACUGUCUUUGCCUUCUAGAUGGUAGCGGGUUGAACAGGCCAUGGCUCAGGUCCUUGAUGAUCUUCUUGGCCUGUGACACUGGGUGCUGUAAAUGUCCUGGAGGGUAGACAGUGUGCCCCCUGGUGAUGUGUUGGGCUAACCUCAUCACCCUCUGGAGAGCCUUGCGGUUGCAAACUGUGCAAUUGCCGUACCAGGCGGUGAUGCAGUCGGACAGGAUGCUCUCAAUGGUGCAUCUGUAGAAGAUUGUGAGGGUAUUAGGGGUCAAACCAAAUUUCUUCAGCCUUGUCAUAUGUUUUUUUCAUACUGAACGCAGCCCUGGAGAUUUCUACCCCCAAACUAAUGAAAAUAAAAUGGUGACACCAUGAAAAUAUAAUUUUCCCCAUCCAAAAAUGAGCCAAACAAUAUAUUGGUCCAUAUUAUCAUGCUGGUGUUAUUUGGCAAUAAGCCCCCCCCCCCCAUGCCUCCUCACCUCCCUCAAUUUAACAAACUGCUAUUAUUGUUACACACAAAUGGUAUAAGAAUACCUUCCAUAUUGAAAUAAAGGAGAAAAAUGGCUUACUGCUGUGCAAUUUCUAUCAAUAAGGAAAUGGGAUGGUACCAUUUCAUGAGUGCUUUUCCCCCAAAUGAGGAGAGGUUGCUGCUGGUCAGUCUGAGACUGGCAGGCUGCUCAUGUUUAAGGGAAGGGCUACUUUUAAAAAACGACACGUUACGAGCUACAAAAAAAUGUCUGGCUUUCAAACAGGCACGUUCUUCCCUGCACCUCUUCUCCGGGUCCUUAGUGUACGUAGUGUGCCCCCCUCCAAUUUAGUUUUAUAUUUUUCUGAGUGGCUGUUUGAUUUAUGUAAAUACCUGAAAAUGUUUGUUUAGCAACGAUCAACAACAACAGGGGUGUUUCUACAAGUAUUUCAUUUUCAAUAAAUUUACAGGCAUUUCUAAA